UGACCUAAAUGAUGGACCCUCCCAAAUCCCCAAUGGCAUCCGGUCCGACUCACUGACUAGUCAGAGAGAGUGAGAAACUCGAACUCGCAACUCUUCUUGCAGCUCAUCACAGCUCAUCCCCGGACCCUAGCGAGAAGCCGAGAAGGCACAGUGAGAGAGAGACGAGGACGCCCCGCAUGAAGAUCCUGGUGGCGGUGAAGCGGGUGGUGGACUACGCCGUCAAGGUGCGCGUGAAGCCCGACCGGACGGGCGUGGAGACGACCAACGUCAAGAUGUCCAUGAACCCCUUCUGCGAGAUCGCCGUGGAGGAGGCGCUCCGGCUCCGCGAGGUGGGCGCCGCCGCUGAGGUCGUUGCCGCCACCGUCGGUCCCGCGCAGUCUGCCGACACGCUCCGCACCGCGCUCGCCAUGGGUGCCGACCGCGCCGUCCACGUCCUCCACGACCCCGACCCCUCGCGCCCGCUCCUCCCCCUCGCCGUCGCCAAGAUCCUCCGCGCCGUCGCGCUCCAAGAAAAGCCCGGGCUCGUCAUCCUCGGAAAGCAGGCAAUUGAUGAUGAUUGCAACCAAACAGGACAAAUGCUAGCUGGAUUACUUCAGUGGCCACAGGGAACCUUUGCCUCAUCAGUUAUAUUGGACAAGGAGAAACAAAAAGCUACUGUGGAGAGAGAGGUCGAUGGUGGAAUCGAAACCAUCUGCCUUAAUUUACCAGCAGUGAUCACCACGGAUUUGAGACUGAACCAGCCAAGAUAUGCUACACUACCAAACAUAAUGAAGGCUAAAUCCAAAGUUAUUAAGAAAGUCACCCCUGAAGAGCUCAAUGUAGACAUUAGAUCAGACAUGGAGGUCAUUCUGGUUAAUGAGCCACCAAAAAGGAAAGCAGGGGUAAUUCUUUCAUCUGUCAACGAACUACUUGACAAGUUGAAAAAUGAAGCGCGCGUCUUGUAACAAUUGUAUAUUAUUCACCAUUGAAUAUGGCCUGACGUUCAUGUAUGUAAGUUCAAAUAAAUGUCUUCUCAAAUGCUCAUACCAUUUGCAAAUAAAAAGGAGGAACUGUUUCCGAAAACCAA